GCAACUGGCAAUCAGAAUGCUUAAUUCCAAACGGAUAGUGUGAUAAUUAAUGACCAAUUAUUAAUAUUGUUAAGACUAGUACUCUCUAGAAUCAAGACAGUUAGCUUUGAAGUCGGAGGCUAUGAUUCGCUCACCACCAACCGUCGCUUCUUAUCUCCCCCACCUCCAAACACAAACUUCCGCCACCGCUGCUGUUUCCACUUCCCACACGAUUUCACACGCUUAUGGAAGCUCUGCUCUUUCUUCCGGCAGUGGAGCUACCAGGCGACCAGUGCUCCGCCGGAGUACCCCGACCAUCACCGUCGAGCUAGAUUCCGCGGCCACCACCGUCAGGAAGUUCUACGACGGCAUUAACCGCCGCGAUUUAUCGUCGGUGGAGGAUCUCAUCGCUCUCAAUUGCGUCUACGAAGAUCUCAUCUUCUCUCAGCCUUUUACCGGCCGUAAGGCAAUCCUUGAUUUCUUCAUGCAGUUUAGUGAUUCCAUCAGUGGGGAUUUACAGUUUGCAAUUGACGAUAUAUCCGACCAAGACACCUCUGCUGUUGGUGCAACUUGGCAUCUUGAAUGGAAGGGAAAACCUUUUCCCUUUAGCAGAGGAUGCAGCUUCUAUCGAUUGGAUGUGAUUAAUGGGCAGAGACAAAUAGUAUUUGGAAGGGAUGCUGUGGAACCUGCCAUCAAGCCUGGAGAGACAGCCUUGGUUGUGAUCAGAGGAGUUACUUGGCUGCUGCAGAGCUUCCCUUUCUUGGGUGACCGUUUAUAGUUACAAACACGACAAGAUUCAUACAAUUACAAUGUGUGUGUGAUGUCGUAUCUAAUUUUUCUUGUAGUGCGAUGACUUUCGGCUGUUAAUCUGUGUAUGAUUACAUGCUAGUAGCAUAUUGAAUUUUAUGGAUGAAAAGUGUUUAUGUAAUGUGUAUGUCCAUUAGAUGGUGUUAGGUUUGGGAUGGAAUACAAGGUUCAUAUUAUAUAUAUCGAUGAUCGAGAAUAUUUGUUGUUGAA